AUGCACAAAUCAUCUAUAUGCACAAUGUCCUUAGGACGCUCCUUUGCAGGCCACUCCCUCCCCACCAAACUCACAGCCGCUGCCCAAAACUCCUUCUCCGGCAUAGAAGUCUUUUACGAAGACCUCGUUGACCUCUCAAAAUCCCUCCCAGGCGGCGCCACCCACGCAAACCAACUCACAGCCGCCCGCACAAUCCGCGACCUUUGCGAAGCCCGUAACCUAGAAAUCAUCUGUCUGCAGCCAUUUAUGCACUUUGGCGGUUUAGUAGACCGAGAAGCACAAGAGAAACAAUUCAGUGAACUGGAGCAUUGGUUUGAUCUCGUUAAAGCGCUAGGUACCGACUUGAUAUUGUUUCCUAGUAGUUUUCUCCCUGAGGAACAAACUUUUGAGGAUGAUACUGUUCUUGAGGGUGAUCUUUUGAGGGCGGCUGAGAUGGGUUUGAUGCAAGAGCCCCCUGUGAGAUUCGCUUUUGAAGCGCUAUGUUGGGGAACGAGGAUUAAUACCUGGGAGCAAAGCUGGGAUAUGGUCCAAAGAGUUGAUCGACCCAACUUUGGCAUGUGUAUCGACAGUUACAACAUCCUCGGUCGAAUCUAUGCAGACCCAACGACACCCUCUGGAAAGACAUCCGAUUGCGAGAACGUUACGAAAGAGUCCAUCAAAAGGCUUCUAACAGUGGAUGUCAACAAGGUCUUUCUGUUACAAGUGGCUGACGGCGAGAAACUCAAUGCACCGCUCGACACAAAGCAUCCCUUUUAUAACGCUGAGCAACCAGCGAGGAUGAGCUGGUCUCGUAAUGCGAGGUUGUUUUACGGAGAGACCGAGUAUGGCGCGUAUCUACCAUGCAAACAACUCCUACGCACUGUUGUGCAAGGACUUGGGUUUGAUGGUUGGUUGAGUUUUGAAGUAUUCAACAGACGGUUGACGGAUACUGAUGCUGUUGUGCCGGAGGAGUUGGCGAAGAGAGCUGCUGCUUCGUUUGAGAAGAUGAAAAUUGAACUGGGAUUGAGGACUGAGGAGACACCGAGAUUGCAAGCGAAUCUGUAA